UCCUCCUCCCAUCCUACCACACACACUCACUCACUCACAAUAAUAAGGAGCAUCUCUUGCUUCCCAUCACAACAAACAUUACACUGUGCUGUUUUUUUUCCCUUGGAAGCAAAGAGAGGUUCUUUGCUUAUCAGUGCCCCAAUCUCUCUCAAACUCAUCACAAUACCCCUUGUCAAUUCUGAAUAUGUAAUCACAUUGUAUUCUUAAACUUAUAAACUGGCAUCACAUCAAACUUGCAAAGAGAUGUGGUGCUAGAAAUGGAUGAAUUCUUGGCAGGGACAGUACACUGCCAAUUACCUGAAUGACCUGACAUGCGCAAUUAUUUGCAUAUCUGAUUGGAUCCUGCACAAGGCCAGAGUUCCAUUCUUUUUAUGUGCUGCUUUCUACUCUUUUCCUCCCUUUAGCUUUGCCUUUUGCUUGGGCCCUUUGAAUCAUUUCAUCCUCCUCCUCUCCUACUACAUCCUCUCUUCACAAGGCUACAAUUACAAUGGUCUUAGGAUCAUGUGGGCUGCUACAGAGUGAGUGUGCAUGGGGGUGAGUAGCCACUCUUUUGAGGUGCCCAAACAUGAUUCUGAGAUUAUUUUUUUUUUUGCCCCAUUCUUGCAGCUUUCUUGCCCAUCAAACUGUUGCUGAAAUCUCUUUUUAUCAUCUGCUGUGUUUUCUGUAGAAGGUUUACAUAUCCCCCACACUCUUUUUGUUCUUCUACCUUUUCCUUUUGCUCUUCCCCAUCUUGACCACUCCACAUUCCACAAUGCCACCACACCACCAUUUCCUCAGUGGCUGAGAUCUCCCUUUUAAGUAGAAGAGACAGCCAAGGCAUUGCUCAUCUUGUAGGUUCUUGUCAUUUUGAGGCAAAAACACUAGUUGGGCUCAGGCAUUGCAAUAGGCCAUUGCUGCUUCAGGGAAGGAAGUACCAGUGCUAAAGCCAAGGCGUGCAGGUGCAGCGCAGCGCGACGACGAGGUGCGAUAAAAUUUCGUGGAAAAUCAAAUCCAAGAAACCGCACGAAGCAGUCGAGCAGCGAGGGCCAUGAGUGGCUUCGCGGGGCAGAGGUCGAGGCCGUGGAUGGGUGACGCGGCGGCGUCGGACCAGGCGGCGGCCGGCGGCGUAGGCGGAGGCGGCGGAGACGUCAGGGACGACGGCGACGGCGGCGCAGCGUCGGCGGCGGCGGCGAAGGGGCUCGGCGACGCGUCCACGAACGCCAGCGCCAUCUCGUUCGGCUUCGCGGCGACGGCCAUCCUCAUCUCCAUGUUCCUCCUCAUGGCCAUCUUCGAGCACCUCAUCAAGCCCAGCCUCUCCUCGUCUUCCUCGUCGUCGUCGUCGUCCUCCUCCUCCUCCCGGGCCUCCCACGGCGACGGCGACGGGCACGGCCAGUCGUCGUCGUCCCACCACGCCGCCGCCGCCGCCGCCGGCGUCUCGCCGGACAAGCUCUUCUGUACACCGGGCAAGUUGGAGGUCGUGCCGGCGGAGGAUCUGACGGUGCUGAUGCCGGGGCAGCGGUAUCCGACGUUCCUGGCGCAGCCGGCGCCGCUGCUCCCGUGGCCGAGGGAAGGCGUGCGUUGGCCUCCCCAUGGACAUCGCCACUGCUUCGUGCCACCGUGACGUAUGCUCGUACUCUCUCAUGGUCGACCCGUGCUUUUGUCUCUGAAUCUGUAUGCCUGUAUAGAGGGGCAACAUGUAAAAAAAUGCAGGAGUUGUUGUUAAAUUAGUGUGUGAUUCAUAUCGGAAUUGUUGCGUCGAUGGCGGUGAAAGUGCGUGACGUUCUUAAGCCGUUGAUGGGCAAAUUCAUGUCUCAUGAUCUCAUCUGGUAAUACUGUGUGCGAAAGCCAUUGUUGUUCA